AUGGAAGCACCUCCAGCAGCAACAGAAACUCCUACCACUAUUACUUCUUUAUCUCUUAAUGAUACUACUACUCAAGAGAAUGUGCAGAAGGUACCAUCAGAAAGUCGGUUUCCUCUUGUUGAUGAAGGAGAUGAUCAAGUAGGAGUUCCUUUGAGUGAAAAUGAUGAAGAUGCGCAUGCCAUCAUCGCAAAUACACUCCCCAAGUCGGUCAUAAUCCAAUCGAACAUAGACAAUUUAUACUUGCACUUCGAGAAAGAAAAUCCAUGGGUACCUAAUGCCAUCCGGUUCCAUGGAGAUUACAGUUUCGGGCUCGAGACAAGGUUCGAAGUGGUGCAAGCUACCACUGUAACUGGCCUCGUCCAUAUCAGGUGUUUGCGUAAUAACAAGUACUGGGCAAAUUCCGGUACGUCCUACAGAUGGGUCACUGCCAUGGCCAUCAAACCUGAGGAGAAUCAGUCCGAUCCAUAUUGCACGCUCUUCAAGCCUAUUUUCGAGUAUUCCAACAAUAACCGCGUCGUUAAGCUCCGCCACGUCAACACCGGCUACUAUGUCAGGAGGUUUUAUGGUGGCGACCAUUAUUAUGGUGCCUUGUAUUUAAGUGCUUCAGGCGACAGCUGUGAAAGGUACACCUUCAUUGACUGGGAAUCUGUGGUUAUGUUGCCCGACCUUAUCAGGAUCAAGGGAGACAACGGAAACCAUCUUGAGUCCUACGGCGGAGACGGUUAUAUGGACUACAAUCGCAAAGCCGAUAAUUCCUCAUUCUUUGACUACGAGGUGUCUCCAAGUCGGGACGGAGGCAUCCGCCUGAAGGGUGUUUACCAUGGCAAGUAUUGGACUGAUGUGGAUACUAGUAUUUGGGUAUUGUUAAAGGAGGCUGCCACCACAUUCCAUGACACAAACACCGUAUUUUUACCCACGAUAGUUGAUGGAAACCGCAUCAUCAUGCGAAGUUUGAAGAACGGCAAGUUCUGCAACAGAUUCACGACUGAAGAGAAGACGAGCUGCCUGGCCACUCUUGAAAAGUAUCCGGACCAGUGGAGCUCCAUGGAGAUUGAGGAGCCCGUCAUGUCAAGGAAAAUUAAUAAUGUCAGAUAUCACCUUACGGAUGCAAGGCUUUACAAUGAGAAAAUUCUUGCACUUAUCACUGAUGAUUCAAGCAACUAUACUCAAAGUCCCUUAACGUCAUCAUUAAAUCUCAAAACUACAGUGACCAAUACAACUAAUUGGAGUAACAGUGUCACGAUGAAAGUGGGUAUCAAGAUGACUUGUACUGCUGGUGUUCCAGGCGUUUCAUCGGGUGCGAUUGAAAUUUCUGCUGACAUUACCGGAUCUCAGAGUUGGGGAGAAACGCAUACAGAAACCCAAGAAGUGGGGUCCGUGAAAACUAUUACUGUGCCACCAAUGACUAGAGUGAAGGGAAGUCUGAUGGCGACACGUGUUUCGUACGACAUACCCUUCGCAUACACUCAGCAUGACGUAUUGAAAAAUGGGAGUCCAAAAGUUUACGAAAAGAACGACGGGGUUUUUACUGGCCACAAUGGCUAUGGCUAUAAAUACGAGGUUGUCAAUCUUCCACUCCAGUAA